AUGCACAUCAGUACCAAAAGCUCUGACAGCCAGACCUUAGAACCGUUCCGCCAAGAUGAUUACAUAACUCAAGAAUGGCCAUGUCAAAAUGAAAUAAUUGAUUUGGGUGGAACCCUUCCCAAUCAGGAAGGAACAGGUCUAGUAGUAUCGAGUGAAAACUAG